AUCAUAAGCUGUGUACAGCAGCCUUUUCAUUAAAUUAAAAAUAAAUAAAAUAUAAAUCACAAAUGGGAAAUCUGAUAACUAUUAAUGCACAGUACUUCUUCGAGACAAUCCACGGUCGGAUACGAUAACGUAGAAGUCACUUUCUUAUUUCAAAUAUUUUACGGAUACAUAGUCGAAAUUGAUUGGACAAUUACACGUAUUUCGUCUGCUGUUCCUUAGUGGUUAACACUGUGUGGUGGAGCUAUAAUGACUAUAAUGAAUAUUAAACUGCUAAAUAGAAUCUCACGGUGUAUACACUUUAACAUUUCCAGAUGUCAAAACGUAAAAUACUCUACCAAAAAAGAAGAAAAGAUAGAAAUUCCACAGAAUGAAUUAAAGAAAUAUUAUAGUGCAAACGAUCAAACUGUCAACGGAGUUGUAUACGAUGUUAAACCGUUCAAAUUCACAUGUGAAGCUGGGAAAAUAUAUUCAUGGUGCCUAUGUGGUUAUAGUCAUAGCCAACCCUUCUGUGACGGCACUCAUAAAAAUAUAUUUCUCAAAAUUAAACAGAGGCCCAUACGUUUUAUGGUGAAAGAAACUAAAGACUAUUGGUUGUGCAAUUGUAAACAAACAUCCAAUAGACCCUUCUGUGAUGGGACUCAUAGGAAUGAAGAAAUACAAAGUAAAAUAAAAUAAAGUAAAGAGGUGUAGAGAUAAUCAAAUAACAAAUGAAAACUUUCAUGUUAUAAGAGUACAUAGACUUUAUUCAAUAAAAUUUUUAUUACUGAAAA